AUGUCUGGAAAUAGGGAACAAGUAUUUCCCACACGUAUGACCUUAGGUUUGAUGAAAACUAAGUUAAAGGGUGCUAACCAAGGUCAUUCUUUAUUAAAAAGGAAAUCUGAAGCUUUAACGAAGAGAUUUAGGGAUAUUACAAAGAGAAUAGAUGAGGCUAAACAGAAGAUGGGUAGGGUGAUGCAAACGGCAGCCUUUUCCUUAGCGGAAGUGUCCUAUGCCACUGGUGAAAAUAUCGGAUACCAAGUCCAAGAGAGCGUGUUGAAUGCUAGAUUUAAGGUUAAAGCUCGACAAGAAAAUGUUAGUGGUGUGUAUCUACCUCAAUUUGAGUCUUAUGUUGACUCAGAUAUCAAUGACUUCAAGCUAACUGGUCUUGGUAGAGGUGGUCAACAAGUUCAGAGGGCGAAAGACAUAUAUUCAAAGGCAGUAGAGACUCUUGUUGAAUUGGCAUCCCUUCAAACUGCUUUUAUCAUUCUUGAUGAAGUCAUCAAAGUAACAAAUAGAAGAGUGAAUGCCAUCGAGCACGUUAUUAUACCCAGAACAGAAAACACAAUAGCAUACAUCAAUAGUGAAUUGGACGAGUUAGAUAGAGAGGAAUUUUACAGGUUAAAGAAAGUUCAAGAGAAGAAACAGAGAGAAACGGCUUUACUUGAUGCAGAAAUGAAGUUAAAACGGGACAAAUUACGAGAAGAAGGAAUCUCUAAUAAACAAAACUUGAUGGAAGCAGCUGUAGACGAUAAUGAAGUUAACGCUUUAGUCAAUGAGCAAGAGGACGAUGUCAUCUUUUAG